AAGACGUGUCCCGUCCUGUUCUCAGGGUUCUUAUAAGUGUGGCGGAUGUAAACCCGGUUUCCUCGGUAACCAGACGUCAGGUUGCUUCUCCAGGAAGUCAUGUGCGGCGUUGACCUUUAACCCCUGUGACUCCAACGCUCACUGCACCAUGGAGAGGAACGGGGAGGUGGCCUGCAGGUGUAACGUGGGCUGGGCUGGUAACGGGAACACGUGUGGCGUGGACACGGACAUCGACGGGUACCCUGACCGCUCUCUGCCCUGCAUGGACAACGACAAACACUGCAAACAGGACAACUGUCUGUACACGCCAAACUCCGGUCAGGAGGACGCCGACAACGACAGCAUCGGAGAUCAGUGUGAUGAGGACGCCGACGGAGACGGCAUCAAAAACGUGGAGGAUAACUGCCGUUUGGUCCCAAACAAAGACCAGCAGAACUCUGACAGUGACUCGUUCGGGGACGCCUGUGAUAACUGUCCCAACGUCCCCAACAGUGACCAGAAAGACACUGACAACAACGGACAGGGAGACGCCUGUGACCACGACAUCGACGGGGACGGUAUUCCAAACGUUCUGGAUAACUGUCCCAAGGUACCGAACCCGAUGCAGACAGACAGAGACAGAGACGGAGUCGGAGACGCCUGUGACAGCUGUCCUGAACUCAGCAACCCUAUGCAGACGGACGUCGACAACGACCUGGUGGGAGACGUCUGUGACACCAACCUGGACACGGACGGAGACGGACUGCAGGACAGCAGAGACAACUGUCCAGACAUCCCCAACAGUUCCCAGCUGGACUCUGAUAACGACGGCCUCGGAGACGACUGCGACCACGAUGACGACAACGACGGCGUCCUCGACGACUACGACAACUGCCGACUCAUUGUCAACCCCAACCAGAAGGACUCAGACGUGAACGGUGUUGGAGACGUCUGUGAGAAUGACUUCGAUAAUGACGCCGUGCUGGAUUUGGUUGACGUCUGUCCAGAGAGCGCUGAGGUCACUCUGACAGACUUCAGAGCCUAUCAGACGGUCAUCCUGGACCCAGAGGGCGACGCCCAGAUCGACCCCAACUGGGUGGUCCUGAACCAGGGCAUGGAGAUCGUCCAGACCAUGAACAGUGAUCCCGGUCUCGCUGUGGGCUACACAGCGUUCAACGGCGUCGACUUUGAGGGAACGUUUCAUGUCAACACGGUAACCGACGACGAUUACGCCGGCUUUAUUUUCGGGUAUCAGGACUCAUCGAGCUUCUACGUGGUGAUGUGGAAACAGACGGAGCAGACAUACUGGCAGUCCCUGCCCUUCAGAGCCAUGGCCCAGCCCGCCCUGCAGCUCAAGGCUGUGAAGUCUCGGACCGGUCCCGGUGAGUUCUUGAGGAACGCUCUGUGGCACACAGGAGACACAGCUGGAGAAGUGAAGCUUCUCUGGAAGGAUCCACGCAACGUGGGCUGGAAGGACAAGACGUCGUACCGCUGGCAGCUCAGCCACCGGCCACAGGUGGGCUACAUCAGGGUGAAGCUGUUUGAGGGGACUGACAUGGUGGCGGACUCCGGUGUUGUGAUCGACACCACCAUGAGGGGAGGCCGGCUCGGCGUCUUCUGCUUCUCCCAGGAAAACAUCAUCUGGUCCAACCUGCGCUACAGGUGUAACGACACGGUGCCUGAAGACUUCCAGUCUCAUCGUAAACAAGUCCUGAUGCACAUCCACGUCUGAGGUGUGUGUGUGCGUGUGUGUGUGUGUGUGUGUGUGUGUGUGUGUGUGUGUGUGUGUGUGUGCGUGCGUGCGUGUGUGUGCGUGCGUGUGUUCCUGUUCAGACGUGUUCCUGCAGACAAACAUGAACGCUUCAGUGACAUCCAUGUGAACACGUGGACAGGUGAACAUGUGGACAGGUGAACACGUGAACAUGUGGACAGGUGGACAUGUGGACAGGUGAACAUGUGGACAGGUGAACACGUGGACAGGUGAACAUGUGGACACGUGGACAUGUGAACACGUGGACAGGUGGACAUGUGGACAGGUGAACACGUGGACAGGUGGACACGUGGACAGGUGAACACGUGGACAGGUGGACAGGUGAACAUGUGAACACGUGGACAGGUGGACAGGUGGACAUGUGGACAGUGUGACCUCUGUUUGUUUGACGUGAUGUUUGUGUGUUUGAAUGUACAUAACUGGAAUAAAGUCUCCGUCCAGGACGUUUCCUGA